CGUGGCGGGGCCUUAACCUCUGCUGCGCCGAGGCCGCUGGUCGGUGUCGCCGCCGCCGGGCUCGCCAUCAUGGAUCCUCUGUUGGAAGCAAAUGGCACCUUUGCCUUAAACCUUUUGAAAACACUGGGUGAAGACAGCUCGAAAAAUGUAUUUUUCUCACCCCUGAGCAUCUCCUCAGCUCUGGCCAUGGUCUUCAUGGGGGCAAAGGGAACCACCGCAAGCCAGAUGGCUGAGGUGCUUUCUUUGAAUAAAUGCAGCAGCAGUGGAGGUGGAGAUGUCCACCAGGGCUUCCAGUCACUUCUCAGCGAAGUGAACAAGACUGGCACGCAGUACUUGCUCAGAACAGCUAAUGGGCUCUUUGCGGAAAAGUGUUUUGAUAUUCUAACAUCUUUUAAAGAUUGCUGCUGCAAAUUCUACCAAGCAGAGAUGGAAGAGCUGGACUUUAUUGGAGCUUCAGAGCAGGCCCGAAAAUACAUAAACACCUGGGUUGCCAAAAAAACAGAAGGUGAGAAUAGAACUAUUCUGUUUUAUUUGUUUACUUGUCUGGCUUUGGGACCUGGACCCCUGGCCUCCAGCCUUCUGGGUCCUGACUUGAUGACAUCAGUGAGAGACACUAUGGCAUACCCUGCCCUGCAGAAUCCCAUUGGGAAUGAGGAGAAACCUGUGCAAAUGAUGUUUAAGAGGUCGACUUUUAAGACAACCUAUAUAGGAGAGAUAUUUACCAGGAUUCUGUGGCUUCCCUAUGUGGGCAAUGAGCUGAACAUGGUUAUCCUGCUUCCGGAUGAGCACAUGGACUUGAGAACGGUGGAAAAGGAACUAACUUACGAGAAUUUCAUGGAGUGGACCAGACUGGACAAGAUGGACGAAAAAGAAUUGAAGGUUUUCCUGCCUCGGUUUAAACUGGAGGAGAAUUAUGACAUGAAAGAUGUCCUUUGUGGUCUAGGCAUGACUGAAGCCUUUGAUCAGGCCAGAGCAGACUUUUCUGGAAUAUCAUCCAAGGAAGGCUUGUCUCUGUCCAAGGUUGUACACAAGGCCUUUGUGGAGGUCAAUGAGGAGGGCACAGAGGCUGCGGCUGCCACAGCUGCCACGGUGAUGUUUAAACGUACGUCCACCUACUUCUGUGCCGACCACCCCUUCCUUUUCUUAAUCCAGCACAAGACCAAUGGGAUUCUGUUCUGUGGCCGGUUCUCCUCUCCCUGAGGGAAGGGUUGUGUGUGUCAGCCCACUGCCUUUUGCCCACCCUUCCUUCCACUCUCCAUGAUUUAUCUGUGAACCAAUAAAUGCAACAACAAUUA